UAAACACUCGUCACCCUGCAUGUUGCAGGAUCCUUCUCCACGGGUUGAGGCCGAGCCUCGUUUGCUCGGUCGGUCGUUGUGGUGAUGAAUGGUUUCAGAGAGAAGAACAGCAGGAAGAGGCCUUGCAGUGAUGGAAGAGGUGAGGCGGCUCCACGUGAGAUUCUGCAAAAGGAUUAAGACUUGGCACAGGGCUGGGUUUCUAUGCAGCCUCUUAGGCACAGAGCCCCAGGAGAGGGAAGCAGAGUUUCAGCUGGGGCUUUGCACACUCCCAGCCGGCCUUGAAGGGUGGUUGGCUCUUUUCGUGCUCUCUCGGUACCCAGAUUUUGCCUUAGUAAAGGAUGGAUCUGGAUGCUGGAGUUUUAAAGGAGACCAGAUCUACAGUGCCGUGAGAAGAGGAGAAGAGACAGAAGAUACCGUUGGCUCUCUUCUGCAUUGCCCCACACAGCUCCCAACCCCUGACACAGCCCAUGGAAGGAUCGGAGAUGGUCCCUGCCUAAAGCAAUGUGUGCGAGACAGCGAGUGUGAGUACCGUGCCACCCUCCAAAGGACGUCCAUAGCUCAGUACAUCACCGGUUCUCUCCUAGAGGCAACCACAUCUUUAGGAGCAAGAAGCAGCCUUCUCAGUUCCUUUGGAGGAUCCACUGGGCGAAUAAUGCUGAAAGAACGCCAACCGGGCACCUCUAUGGCCAAUUCCAGUCCUGUUCCUUCAAGUUCAGCUGGAAUCAGCAAGGAGCUGAUUGAUCUCCAGCCCCUCAUUCAGUUCCCGGAGGAAGUAGCCAGCAUCUUAACAGAACAGGAACAGAACAUUUACCGCAGGGUCCUGCCCAUGGACUACCUCUGUUUCUUAACCCGGGACUUGAGUUCCCCUGAGUGUCAGAGAUCACUGCCCCGUCUCAAAGCAUGCAUCUCAGAAUCAAUCCUCAUGUCUCAAAGUGGAGAGCACAAUGCCCUUGAAGACCUCGUGAUGAGAUUUAACGAGGUGAGCUCCUGGGUAACAUGGCUGAUCCUCACGGCAGGCUCUAUGGAGGAGAAGCGGGAAGUCUUUUCUUAUUUGGUGCAUGUGGCCAAAUGCUGCUGGAACAUGGGCAACUACAACGCUGUCAUGGAGUUCCUGGCUGGCCUCAGGUCAAGGAAAGUUCUGAAGAUGUGGCAGUUCAUGGACCAGUCUGACAUCGAGACCAUGCGGAGCCUGAAAGACGCCAUGGCUCAGCAUGAGUCUUCCGUGGAGUACAAGAAGGUAGUGACCCGAGCCUUGCACAUCCCCGGCUGCAAAGUGGUUCCCUUCUGUGGGGUGUUCCUGAAGGAGCUCUGUGAGGUGCUUGAUGGUGCCUCUGGCCUCCUGAAGCUCUGCCCACGAUACAGCUCCCAAGAAGAAGCCCUGGAGUUUGUAGCGGAUUACAGUGGACAAGAUAACUUCUUACAGCGAGUGGGGCAGAAUGGCUUGAAGAAUUCAGAGAAGGAGCUCACCGUCAACAGCAUCUUUCAGAUCAUCCGGAGCUGCAGCCGAAGCUUGGAGAUGGAGGAGGAGGAGAGCGCCAGCGAAGGGAGCGGCUCUAGGAAAAACUCCCUCAAGGACAAAACCCGAUGGCAGUUUAUAAUUGGAGAUUUGCUGGAUUCAGACAAUGACAUCUUUGAGAAGUCCAAAGAGUGCGACCCUCAUGGAUCAGAGGAGUCACAGAAAGCCUUUGACCAUGGGACAGAGCUCAUCCCAUGGUACGUGCUGUCCAUCCAAGUGGAUGUGCACCAGUUCCUACUGCAGGGGGCCACAGUCAUCCACUAUGACCAGGACACACAUCUCUCUGCCCGCUGCUUUCUCCAGCUGCAGCCUGACAAUAGUACCUUGACCUGGAUGAAACCUCCCACUGCCUCCCCAGCUGGUGCCAGACUCAAGCUCGGUGUGCUUAGUAACGUGGCCGAACCUGGCAAGUUCCCAUCAUUGGGCAACGCUGGGGUGAGCGGCCUGGUAGAGGGAAUCCUGGAUCUGUUUUCAGUGAAGGCUGUGUACAUGGGACACCCUGGCAUUGAUAUACACACUGUGUGUGUCCAGAACAAACUUAGUAGCAUGCUUCUGUCAGAGACUGGGGUGACGCUGCUCUAUGGGCUUCAGACCACCGACAAUAGAUUACUGCACUUCGUGGCACCAAAGCACACAGCUAAAAUGCUUUUCAGUGGAUUGCUGGAACUCACUACAGCUGUGAGAAAGAUACGGAAGUUCCCUGACCAAAGACAGCAGUGGCUUCGGAAACAGUAUGUCAGCCUCUAUCAGGAGGAUGGUCGGUAUGAAGGCCCAACCUUGGCACAUGCUGUGGAGUUGUUUGGUGGUAGGAGAUGGAGCACUAGAAACCCCAGCCCUGGGAUGUCAGCAAAGAAUGCCGAGAAGCCCAACAUGCAGAGAAACAACACCCUGGGCAUAAGCACCACCAAGAAAAAGAAGAAAAUGCUCAUGAGGGGGGAGAGUGGAGAGGUGACGGACGAUGAGAUGGCCACCCGGAAGGCCAAAAUGUACAGAGAGUGUCGCAGCCGGAGCGGCUCUGAUCCUCAAGAGGCUAAUGAACAGGAAGACUCAGAGGCCAAUGUCAUCACUAACCCUCCCAACCCCCUCCAUUCCAGAAGAGCCUACUCUUUGACCACGGCUGGGUCCCCCAACUUGGCUACCGGGAUGUCAUCUCCUAUCAGUGCCUGGAGUAGCAGCAGCUGGCACGGGCGGAUCAAAGGAGGAAUGAAAGGCUUCCAGAGCUUCAUGGUCUCAGACAGUAACAUGAGUUUCAUUGAAUUUGUCGAGCUGUUCAAAUCAUUCAGCAUAAGGAGCCGCAAGGACUUGAAGGACAUCUUUGACAUCUACUCUGUACCCUGCAAUCGGUCUGCUUCUGAGUCAGCCCCACUGUACACCAACCUGACAAUCGAAGAAAAUACCAAUGACCUUCAGCCUGACCUAGAUUUGCUGACUAGAAACGUCUCGGACUUGGGGCUGUUCAUGAAGAGUAAGCAGCAGCUUUCUGACAACCAGAGGCAGAUAUCUGAUGCCAUUGCUGCUGCAAGCAUCGUGACUAAUGGCACUGGGAUUGAAAGCACAUCCCUGGGCAUAUUUGGGGUCGGCAUACUCCAGCUCAACGACUUCCUGGUGAAUUGCCAAGGAGAACACUGCACAUAUGAUGAAAUCCUCAGCAUCAUCCAGAAGUUCGAGCCCAGCAUCAGCAUGUGUCAUCAAGGUCUAUUGUCCUUCGAAGGGUUUGCAAGGUUUCUGAUGGAUAAAGACAAUUUCGCCUCAAAAAACGACGAGUCGCAGGAGAACAAGAGAGACCUGCAGCUACCCCUCUCCUACUAUUACAUCGAAUCUUCGCACAACACCUACCUCACGGGCCAUCAGCUCAAGGGGGAGUCCUCUGUGGAGCUCUACAGCCAGGUCCUCUUGCAAGGAUGCAGAAGCAUAGAGCUGGACUGCUGGGAUGGAGACGACGGGAUGCCCAUUAUUUAUCAUGGACAUACACUGACAACCAAGAUCCCCUUCAAGGAAGUGGUGGAAGCCAUCGAUCGCAGCGCCUUCAUCACCUCCGACCUGCCAAUCAUCAUAUCCAUUGAGAACCACUGUUCAUUGCCUCAGCAACGGAAAAUGGCAGAAAUUUUCAAGAGUGUGUUUGGAGAAAAGCUGGUGGCUAAGUUCUUGUUCGAGACCGAUUUCUCAGAUGACCCAAUGCUUCCCUCACCUGACCAACUUAGAAGGAAAGUGCUUCUUAAAAACAAGAAGCUAAAGGCCCAUCAGACACCUGUCGACAUCCUCAAACAAAAGGCUCAUCAGUUAGCAUCCAUGCAAACACAGGCUUUCACUGGUGGGAAUGCCAACCCGCCACCUGCCAGUAACGAGGAAGAGGAAGACGAGGAGGACGAAUAUGAUUAUGAUUACGAGUCCCUGUCUGAUGACAACAUUCUGGAAGACAGACCUGAGAACAAAUCAUGUGCCGACAAGCUUCAGUUUGAGUACAAUGAAGAAGUCCCCAAGAGGAUAAAGAAAGCAGACAACUCCUCUGGCAAUAAGGGAAAGGUCUACGACAUGGAACUGGGAGAGGAGUUUUACCUUCCUCAGAACAAAAAAGAAAGCAGGCAGAUUGCGCCGGAGCUCUCUGACCUCGUCAUCUAUUGCCAGGCGGUAAAAUUUCCAGGCCUGUCAACUCUAAAUUCAUCUGGCUCUAGCAGAGGGAAAGAAAGGAAAAGCAGGAAGUCCAUUUUUGGCAACAAUCCGGGCAGAAUGAGCCCAGGGGAGACAGCGUCAUUUAACAGAACAUCUGGAAAAAGUUCCUGUGAAGGAAUUCGACAAAUCUGGGAGGAACCUCCACUCAGCCCAAACACAUCCCUCAGCGCCAUCAUUAGAACUCCUAAAUGCUAUCAUAUCUCGUCACUGAAUGAAAAUGCCGCCAAACGUCUGUGUCGCAGGUAUUCUCAGAAACUGAUCCAGCACACUGCUUGCCAGCUGCUGAGGACCUACCCGGCAGCGACCAGAAUCGACUCAUCCAAUCCCAACCCCCUCAUGUUCUGGCUUCAUGGGAUACAGCUUGUAGCUCUAAACUACCAGACGGAUGACCUUCCUUUACAGUUAAACGCUGCCAUGUUUGAGGCGAAUGGUGGGUGUGGCUAUGUUUUGAAGCCCCCUGUCCUGUGGGAUAAAAGCUGUCCCAUGUAUCAGAAGUUUUCACCACUGGAAAGAGAUCUGGACGCCAUGGACCCUGCUACCUAUUCUUUAACCAUCAUCUCUGGCCAGAAUGUGUGUCCUAGUAACAGCACCGGAAGUCCGUGCAUUGAAGUUGACGUCUUGGGCAUGCCCCUGGACAGCUGCCAUUUCCGCACAAAACCCAUCCACCGAAACACUCUGAACCCCAUGUGGAAUGAGCAGUUUCUCUUCCGGGUUCACUUUGAAGAUCUUGUAUUUCUUCGUUUUGCAGUUGUGGAGAACAACAGUUCGGCGAUAACGGCUCAGAGAAUCAUUCCACUCAAAGCUUUAAAGAGAGGAUAUCGGCAUCUUCAGCUGCGGAACCUCCACAACGAGAUCUUGGAAAUCUCUAGCUUAUUCAUAAACAGCAGGAGGAUGGAAGACAAUCCCUCUGGCAGUACCCGGCCAGCCUCUUUGAUGUUCAAUACUGAAGAGAGGAAAUGUUCUCAGACUCACAAAGUCACAGUGCAUGGUGUCCCAGGUCCAGAGCCCUUCGCUGUUUUCACUAUAAACGAAGGCACCAAGGCAAAGCAGCUUCUCCAACAGAUUUUGGCAGUUGACCAGGACACCAAACUUACAGCCGCAGACUAUUUUCUGAUGGAAGAGAAGCAUUUUAUAUCGAAGGAAAAGAAUGAAUGCAGGAAACAACCAUUCCAGAGAGCUGUGGGCCCAGAGGAAGAUAUUGUGCAGAUUUUAAACAGCUGGUUCCCAGAAGAAGGCUACGUAGGCAGGAUUGUCUUAAAGCCCCAACAAGAAACCCUAGAAGAGAAAAACAUUGUCCACGAUGACAGAGAGGUGAUCUUGAGCUCGGAGGAGGAGAGUUUCUUUGUCCAAGUGCACGAUGUCUCUCCAGAGCAGCCUCGAACUGUCAUCAAAGCCCCACGGGUCAGCACUGCACAGGACGUGAUUCAGCAGACCUUGUGCAAAGCCAAAUAUUCCUACAGCAUCCUGAACAACCCCAAUCCGUGUGACUAUGUGCUUUUGGAAGAGGUAAUGAAAGAUGCACCCAAUAAGAAGUCUUCUACCCCGAAGUCCUCACAGAGGAUCCUCUUGGACCAAGAAUGUGUGUUUCAAGCCCAAAGCAAGUGGAAGGGCGCAGGGAAAUUCAUCCUUAAGCUAAAGGAGCAGGUGCAGGCAUCCAGAGAAGAUAAAAGGAGGGGCAUCUCCUUUGCAAGUGAACUCAAGAAACUCACGAAGUCCACUAAGCAAACCCGAGGACUCACAUCGCCUCCUCAGCUUGUGGCCUCAGAAAGUGUGCAAAGCAAGGAGGAGAAACCCAUGGGUGCCUUGGCCUCUGGUGACACAGUGGGCUACCAGUCGUGAGCCAGUGCAGCACAUUUGAUCCAGGGAUAUGAAGGGGAAGGCCCUUGAUGAGAAGCUAUCAAGAAUGGACGUGGUGGAAAGAAGCAUACUUUACCUCCAUCACAUUCAAACUGGAAACUGAUGAUUUCCGAACUCCAGAACCUCCUCACACCCGAUGAGAGGUUCAUGCAGAGGACAAGCAAAACGGCACAGGACUGCCAACCAACUUCCUGAGGAAUGAAGCAGGGACACCCAGGGCAUUGCCCGGGGCAUUAUGGGUGGAAAAGCCACCCCUCAAGCUGAAGGCAACAAGGAACACCUGUAAAGGGCCAGGUGGUAAACAUUUUAGGGUCGGGGCCACGUGGCUUCUGUCGCAUUCAGUCAGCUCAGCUACUGGAUGGCAAAUGAAGCUGCCGACAACAGGUACAAGAAUGAACAUCUGACUGAACAAUAAAACGUUAUUUAUGGACACUUAAAUCGGAACCUCAUAUAAUUUUCACAUGUCACACAUGUUUAAGUGUUUCAACCACUUAAAAUUGUAAAAUCUUUCCUAGUUUAAGGGUCAGACAAAAACAACGUGAGGCUGGCUCGAGGACCAGCUUGCUGACCCAGCUUGGGAGAACUGGGAGCCAAAGGCACAGACAGAAGUUAGAAAACCUUGAAAAUUGGCCGUGGGUUUAAUGAGAAGUGGAAGUGUGGGGACAUUGGAAAUGUAAAUAUGUCCUGUUAGAUUUGUUAGCAAUUAUUCAAAUUAGUUCCUAUAUCGUGUACCCAGGUGCACUCUUUGGGCCGCCUUUCCUCAGAUAGAAAUGUUUUUCCGAAAGCUACGACCCAUGCGUCCACAGACUGUCCCGUUUUCAGUUCUCACAAAGUGAAUUUAGAAUGAUGUACAAUUUAGUGUCUAUCGAGUUGUGAUGUCCUCAUAAGAAAACCUAAA